AUGGCCCCUUCUGCGAUCAGCGACCUCCUCCCCUCCGGCCCGCUGGCCUCCAAAUCCGUUACUCCGGCCAAGGAAGAACAUGUCCACGGUAUGGAAGACAAGUCGCCCCUCGCGGCCAUUUCCCAUGGCGAUGUCAUGUUGCCCGGCGUGCCCAAAUUCGACAACUUCGCCGCCCAGCGCCAAUGGCAGCUUGAGCACAUGGCCGCUGCUUUCCGCCAUUGGGCACGAGAGGGAUUCGUUGAGGGUAUCUCGGGACAUAUCAGUGUGAGAGACCCGGAGAACCAUGAGGUCUUUUGGACAAAUCCGCUGGGCGUGCAUUUCGGUCUCCUCAAAGCCAGCGACAUGAUCGCAGUGAACCUCGCCGGCAAGGUUGUGGGAGGCAACACCACACGGCCGCCCAACGCCGCCGGCUUCCUGAUCCACAGCGAGGUCCACAAGGCGCGCCCGGACGUGGUGGCCAUCUGCCACGCGCACACCGUCUACGGCAAAGCGUGGUCCGUCUUCGGCAAACCGCUGGAGAUGCUGACGCAGGAUAGCUGCAAAUUCUACAACGCGCACUCGGUCUACAACUCGUUCGGCGGCGUCGUGCUCGCGAGCGAAGAGGGAGCCCAGAUCGCAAAAGCCCUCGGCCCGACCAACAAGGCCUGCAUCCUGCGGAACCACGGCCUAUUAACCGUCGGCAAGACAGUCGACGAGGCCGCCUUCCUGUUCCUCAGCUUGGAACACGCCUGCCAGGGCCAGCUGCUGGCCGAGGCCGCGAGCCAGGGCGGAAACUUGCCUAAAGUCCUCAUCUCCGAGGAGGAAGCCACCUACACCAAGAAGAUGGAGAGCGACGAACAGACCUGCUACGCCGAGUUUCAAGUCUACGUUGAUUGGGAGGAUUAUCAUAGCAAAGGCGAAUUUAGGAAAUAG